AUGCCUCUCAAGGAUAACUGUGCACAUGAGGACAGCAAUCUUCUACUAACACAGCCAGGGAAGACUCACAGGAGCAAAUGGAAACCCGUCUCACAGCUAGUAAUCCUAGCCCUCGUGUACAUGAUCGGGUACUCGCCAUUCAACACAAUGUGGAACCUCGAAGGAAUUCUGUUUCCAGAGUACGGCUACUACGCUUUGAUGUGCACGUACCUUGGCUCUUUCCUUGUCUUCUUAAUUGGACCAUUCCUCACUCGGAAACUUGGAUCGAAGGGGUCUAUUAUGUUAGGUUGGGUCGCUCAGGCGGUGUACAUUGCAGCUCAUUUCUAUGUUCAGCAGUAUGUCCUGUACGCCGUAUGCUUCCUCUUCGGCACCGCCCAUGUCCAAACAAUGGUCUCAACUGGCGUGUAUGUGACACAUCUGGCCAUGGACUAUGCCGAUAUUACCCACGACACACCCCAUCACGCCUUGGGUCUUUUCCAGGGCGUUUUCUUCACCUUAUACCUUCUCAGCGGCGUCUGGGGAAACCUGGUUUCAUCUCUAGUUUUGGUCAAACCUAUCGAGUUCGAUGCCAAUUCCACCACUCCAAACUCAAAAAAUCUGUCCAGUUUGUGUGGACCUAAUUUCUGCCAUUUUGAAGACACCAGCGGCACCUACAUACGGCAACCAGACCAGUUCACAGUGUAUAUAAUAUUGGGUUCCUUCAUCGGGAUGUCGGCGUUCGCGUUUAUUGCAACAUGGGCCUUCUUAGAGAAUGCUGCGGCUAAGAGUGGAGACGCUGUCCAAAGCGUUAAGGAGUUUGGUGCCAAGAUUAUUGGUCUGCUGUGGUACAAGAAGAUAAUCCUUCUUCUGCCUGCUAUCUUCAUGGACAGUGUCAGCCACUAUUUUAUAAGCACAGAGUUCACCAAGGCUUUUGUCAGCUGUGAACUGGGCAUAGAAUACAAUGGUUGGUCCAUCAUCUGUUUUGCUGCAGGAGACGUUCUUGGUUCUAUAUGGUCAAUGGCCGACUGGUGA